UAACAAAUAACCAACAUGCUUGCAAUCAAAAUCAUCAAACAAAUAAUUUACUUCGUAGCUUUUAGCAUAGAUUUUCCAUGUUCUUUCUAAUUGCUAAAAAUAUUUUAUUUUUAGUUAUAUAUUUGUCCCUAAAGAGCUGAAUUUUUAAGCAUGCUUUAAUACUAUUUAAACCCGAAAGAAAAAGUUUUUAGCUCAUGAACUUCCAAGUUGCAAGUAAUAGUAUAAGAUAAGAUCAAAUUCACAGGGUUUUAGACAGACAGGCCCUCUAAACCCCCCCUCUCUCAUUUGCAGAGGCACCCAUUAAGGGAAAGCUACCAAGCGAUAUCUCUACACUGAAACUAACAUUAUAGAAAGAAGAAACAGAAGAAAAUGCUUAUCCUAAACCCAGGAGCCUUUUCUCUUCAAGCCCCCAACAUUACUCGCCCUGAAUUUUCUUUCCGUUUCAACUGCUUCCCGCCGUUUUCAGCUGUUAAUUUUUCCUUACAGAAGUAUGCUUCACCCAAGGCUUCGUUUUUGGUGGUUAAAGCAAAAAGAAGCCAUGAAAUGAGUGCCCAAAAUUUGGAGAUAGAGAUGGAUGAGGAAGAAGAUAAUGAAGAAUAUGAGGCAAGAAGUGGAUUUAGAGGGAGGGAAGAGGAGAAGAAUUACGAUAAAGACCCUGAAUUUGCUGAGAUUCUUGGGAGUUGUCUUGAUGACCCACAAAAAGCUCGGUCUAAAAUGGAAGACAGACUGAGGAAGAAAAGAAACAAAAUUUUGCACACAAAGACUGGCUCUGCAACACCCAUGAAAGUAACAUUCAACAAAUUUGAUUUUUCAAACUCAUACAUUUGGUUUGAAUUCUACAAUGCUCCAUUGGAGAAAGACAUCUCCUUAAUUUGUGAUACAAUUCGAUCAUGGCACAUCAUUGGACGGCUUGGUGGAUGCAAUUCCAUGAAUAUGCAAUUAUCACAAUCUCCUUUGGAGAAAAGACCAAGUUAUGAUGCCAUUCAAGGAGCAAAUGUGAAUGCAACUACAUUUUACAACAUUGGGGAUCUUGAGGUUCAAGACAACUUGGCACGCAUAUGGGUGGAUAUUGGGACCACUGAACCAUUGCUUCUGGAUGUUCUGAUAAAUGCAUUGACACAGAUAAGCUCUGACUACAUUGGAAUUAAGCAAUUGGUAUUUGGUGGAUCUGAAUUUGAAAAUUGGAAGGAGGACUUGACAACGGAGGAUGCAGGCUACACUGUUCACAGAAUUUAGCUUUUCUAACUCAGCACCCUACCAAGGGAAACAUCUAACCAUUUUCCACUCAUUAUGAAUGUACAACGGUUUGAGAACUCAAUGUGAAACUGAUGAUUGCUAAGACCGUGCUGUCUAAUAACUUUAUUAAAUGAUGAUACUUUAGGCUCUGUGAUACUAACAAGGCUAAAUAUUUUGAACCAGUAGGUAACGGAUGGUAAUAGAUGGUUGUUAUUCUUGCA